GUGGGCAAGUCCUUUCAAAACCAACAAUGGCAGAAUCAAGAACUUGCUGCCGAGUUGGAGGAACACAAAAAAGAUAUGGAGGAGUUGGCCAAUCUAGUGCAAACAAAAUCAGAGGCCAUCAAGACUCUGCAAACUAAGUUGGCGGAUGCCAAACGGACUAUUGCCGAGCUCAAGACCCAGGUUUAGACUAAACGCACCUACGGUUUUAAUAGCAGUUCCCUUGAACUGAUUAGAUCACUUUUUGAUAGCAGGCUAAACAGAGUAAAAAUAAAUGGCCACACGAGUGAAUGGAGAAUAAUGGAACGUGGUUGUCCUCAGGGAUCGUUAUUUGGCCCUCUCCUCUGGAACAUGUUCCAAAAUGAUAUGGCAUUUCAUAUCCCUGACUCAAACCUUACGCUCUAUGCUGAUGACCACCAAUUACAUGUGAAAGGAAAAACCUAUGAAGAAGUUGAAUCUACUCUAGUGACUCAGGGUCAACAAGCACUGUUAUGGUAUAGGGACAACUUCCUCUUGGCAAAUCCAGAUAAGUUUCAGUCUCUUACGAUUAACCCAAGAAACAUAGAUGCAGAUAAGAAGGGCAGCGUUCUCACCAUCGCCAAUGACGAGAUCAUGAAAACUGAACAAAUCAAGCUAUUAGGAGUACAUAUAGACAAGAACCUUAACUUUACACAACACAUUAGCGAAAUAUGCACUAAAGCCAGCCAGAAAGUAGGAGUCCUCAUGCGCUUGCGCAACCUAAUACCAUACCAAGCUAAGCUCAUACUGUAUAAAACAGCUAUAAUGCCACAUUUAACAUACUGUCAUUUAGUCUGAAACAUUUGUAAAUCUUCAGAUGGGCGAAAAAUCGAACGCAUCCAAGAGCGAGCCCUGCGUGCGGUCUUCAAAACAACAAUGAGGAACUUCUUAAGCGUGCUAAGUUACCUACGCUUCAUAAUAGACGCUUACAGGACAUAGCAAUACCAAUGUAUAAAGUAAAGAACGAUCUAGUACCUAGCUACAUAUCUGAGAUAUUUACUCGAAAGGGUACUCGUUAUAACCGUAGGAAUAGUGACUUUGAAAUACCACGAUUUAAUACUAUUCGCUGUGGUAAACACACACUUAGGUAUCAAGGACCAUAUAUCUGGUCCAAAUUGGAAAAUGGUAUGCGUGAACUACCAAGCCUUAGCAUCUUUAAAACUAAAAUCCGUACAGUUGACCUGGCCAGCCUAGUGGAAGACAGUGGCAACUGCUGCAAUCUUUGCAGCACGUGAUUUUUUCUAAUUAUCUGCAUUGUACAAGUAUUUUUAUGUUAUCUGAACAUUGUUAAUAUUUCUAAAUAUUUUUAAAUUUUAAUGCAUAGUUUAUCGGCUAUAUUGUUACUUAUUAUGAUACUGUACAUAGUUUUUUAUUAAUUUUGUAAUAGUAGGUGUCCCCAAUUAGCUCUAUGAGCUAAAUACAUUGACACGGUAAUUAAGAUUUUAUUAUUUAUUAUUAUUAUUACAGCUGAAGAACCUCAGCAGCAACCUCAACAAAAAGACGCCACUCGUGCCAGCACCCACAGUCUGGCCAUAAUCCACACAAGAUACCAGAGGGUGCUACUGAUCCUUGAGAAAAACAACUGUAGCAUGGCAAAUGCGUUUCGGCUGGCCGGUUGCCCCCGCAGCACCCUCCGAGAUUUCGUUGCCAUCGCCCUCUUACGAAUCGUCAAUGAGUGUGAAUUUGAAUCGGCUUCAAGGGAAAUAUGUGUAGGCUCUGUUAAAGAACUAAAAACAGUCUGCAGGAGAAGACUUCGAUGA